AUAAUUACAAUGCUAAUGCUUGGCAAGAAAUCUCCAAAGAGGAAGCCACUGUCGAUAGUUUAGAUAAAGCCAUUGUUAUUCUCAAAAAAAUCAAAAUCCAAACCAAUUGUGAGACCCGAAGAAGUAAAGUCCUAACCAUCGACCCCGACUUCUUGGAUGAUUUAGAAAUCUAUUUUUUAUGUGAUGUAGUCCGAGAUAGUGAAUUAAACCCUCACAAAAUCUUUAAAGCAGUUAUCCCUAAAAAACUAGCCCAGGGAGUAAUUGCCACUAUUCAUGACGAAAAAUCUGUGGUUUACCGAAUUAUCAACCCCGAGGAAAUCCAACACGAAAAAACUCUCGGAGGAGGAAUGGAAAAGUUUGCUUAUCAUGUCGAAGUAGUGGGAGGAAUGAUACCUUUCACUAAUGCCUGA